AUGAUCAACCUUCCCCCUUCGGGACUGGCUCAGGUUCCUUUGUUUCCUUGGCUACUCUGGAAUCUUUGGAAAUCUAUAAAUCAGGCGCUGUUCGAAGAGAAAUUCUUCUCUGAAGAAGAAACAUUACUCAAGUCGAUCAGAGAAGCCAUAAGCUGGAAGGAGGCGCAAAGUCGCCGUAAAAUACCAGAACCAGUGAGAGAAAGUCAAGCCACCGCUCCACUGUCACCCGAGUCUAUAUGUUGUUAUGUUGAUGCAGCAUGGAUAGAAGCAUUCGGUGACUGUGAAAUGGGGUGGCAUUUUACCCAAGCAAACAAUGUUAGUUUUGCUCAACAAUCGACACACCACGAUCAUGUGGCAUCUGCACUUGCAGCCGAAGCUUUGGCGGUCAAGAAUGCUCUUUUCGAUGCACUGGCUCGAGGCAUAAGGAAACUCCAUGUGUUCUCUGAUUGUAAGGUGCUUAUAUCCCUCCUCAACUCAAGAAAAUCUACUGUAGAACUGCGAGGUUUGCUCUUGGAUAUUCGAGAGCUGGACGGAUCUUUUAUCAAGUUAUCUUUUAUGUUUAUUCCUCAUGUACGUAAUGGCCUAGCUGAUACGUUGGUUAAAUCUGGCUUAUUGCCUGUGAAUAAUGCCUCCCUUGCAGAAGUGUAA